AUGGCCCUUCGUUGCGCCGUCAAGCUCGGGAUCCCGGACGCUAUCCAUCGCUCCGGCGGCGCCACCACGCUAACCGAACUGCUCGCCGCCAUCCCACUUGCCGAGGCAAAGCGGACACACUUAUCCCGCCUCAUGCGAUUGCUGACCGAGCUAGGGGUCUUCUUCACGGAAGACGAUGUCCAGGCCAAUGGCGGCGGCGAAGCUGGCGGUGUCUACCGCCUCAAGCCAGUGUCUCGCCUCCUCGUACACGAUGUGGAAGCCAACGACGGCGCGUGCCUAUCGCAGUUUGUGACCUCGGUCACCGCGCUGUCGUCCAACCUCACGGCGUACCUGCGGCUAGACGAGUGGUUCAAGAGCGACGGAGGCGACUCAUCUUCGGCGGAUACGCCGUUCAUGAUGGCGUACGGCCAGGGCUUCUGGGCCGCCGACGGCUGCGACGCGGAGCGGAGCGCGCGUUUCGACCAGCUCAUGGCGUCCGACAGCCGGCUGGUGGCGGACGUAGUCGUGCGGGAGUGCAGCGACGUGUUCCAAGGGAUCACAAUGUGUUGCAUGAUUGGAGCGAUGAGGACUGUGAGAAUCUUGCAGCGAUGCAGAGAGGCUAUCUAUGCUACUGGUGCAGCAGGGAAGGUUGUGAUUAUAGAAAUGGUGAUGGGACAGUCCCCAUCGACCAAAAAGGCAUUUGAAGCUCAACUUUUGAUGGAUAUGUGCAUGAUGGUGCUGUUUACGGGCAAAGAACGAGGGGAGCAAACAUGGAAUAAGAUUUUCAUGGAUUCAGGUUUUACUCGCUACAAGAUUAGGCCUGUCUUGGGGGCUCGAUCGGUGAUUGAGCUUUAUCCAUAG